AGCCCACAGUCUGUUCUGGAACAGACCUGCUCUUGUCACCAAACUAAUAGAUCAAGAGUCUCUCUGGUCUUCCCCGGGAUUGAGCUGCUGGAACCUGCAUGCUGAGUUAUUGAUCUCUUUGUGCAGCCUAAAUGUAAUGUUCCCCUGAACCUCGCGUUAAAAUCCAUUCGCCGUCCCUCGCAGUGAGAACGUGGAUGUUCAGUCCCAGUCAAUUCAGAUCUGUGUUUUAUUUAUUACAGGAGGAGUUGUGUCAGGACAGGAGGGUUAGUGAGGAAGCUCAGACGUUGUCUGUAACAGAAGGUGCCGUAACCAUCGGAGAAUUCAGGGACACAAUAUUGAGAGGGAUGUUUGAUGCCAUGAAGCAAGUUUAUGAGACCAUUGAUGUGGAAACAGCCAGCCUGAGCAUCGAGGUGUCUGAGGAUCUGAAUCGUGUGAGAGGGACCGGCAUCCAGACCAGUCUCCCGGACACCGGUGAGGAGUACAAUAAACCUGGAGAUUGGGGAGUGAGACUGUUGUCUGAGGCUCUGAGGGACCCGGAGUGUAAAAUACAGAAACUGGGGUUGACAGCUGAUCGUUUCACAUCUGAGUUUGAGCACUUCAUCUCUGCUCUCAGUACAAACCGCUCACUGAGAGAGGUGGAGCUGGACCUGAGUGACAAUAAACUGGGAGAUGGGGGAAUGAAACUGGUGUCUGAGGCUCUGAGGGACCCGGAGUGUAAAAUACAGAAACUGGGUCUACGGUCUGUCGGUCUCUCGGCUGCUGGUGUUGUGGAUCUUGCAUCCGCUCUCAGUACAAACCACUCACUGACAGAACUGGACCUGUCUUAUAAUAAUCUGGGAGAUUCAGGAGUGAAACUGGUGUUUCAGGCUCUGAGGAGCCCAGAGUGUAAAAUACAGAAACUGUGUCUACGGUCUGUCGGUCUCACAGAUGCUGGUGUUGUGGAUCUCACCUCUGCUCUCAGUACAAACCGUUCACUGACGGAGCUGGACCUGGGUUAUAAUGAACUUGGAGAUUCUGGAGUGAAACUGGCCUCCGAGGCUCUGAGAAACCCAGAGUGUAAAAUACAGAAACUGUGUCUACGGUCUGUCGGUCUCACAGCUGCUGGUGUUGGGCAUCUCACAUCCGCUCUCAGUACAAUCCACUCACUGACGGAGCUGGAUCUGGGUGGUAAUAAACUGAGAGAUUCAGGAAUGCAACUGGUGUCUACGGCUCUGAGGAACACAAAGUUUAAAAUGCAGAGACUCGGUCUGCGGUGUGUCGGUCUCACAGCUGCUGGUGUUGUGCAUCUUGCUUCUGUUCUCAAUACCAACCACUCACUGAUGGAGCUGGAUGGGUGCGAAUGAACUGGGAGAUUCUGGAGUGAAACUGAUGUUUGAGGCUCUGAGGAGCCCAGAGUGUAAAAUACAGAAACUGUGUUUGGAGUCUGUUGGCCUCACAGCUGCUGGUGUUGUGGAUCUCGCCUCCGUUCUGACUGCCAACCACUCACUGAUUGACCUUGAGCUGGGCAACAAUGAACUGGGAGAUUGGGGAGUGAAACUGGUGUCUGAGGCUCUGAGGAACCCGGAGUGUAAACUACAGAAACUGGGACUCUGGUGGACCAGACUCUCAGAUUCUGGCAUCGAGGAUCUCGUCUCAGCUCUUGUUACAAAACACUCAGUGAGGGAAUUGGAACUGCAUUGGAACACACUCACAGACCGAUCUGUCUCCGCUCUUCGCCACCUCAUACUGACCCACCCGAGUCUGGAGUGGAUUGAACUGAGGGGGAAUCAGUUCAGUUCAGAUGGAGAGAAACGGCUGAAAUCGCUGGAGGGAACCAGACCCGGACUGAGAGUGAUCUUCUGAACAUCCCACUGUGUGUACAUUACCACCCUCUGGGGUCAGAACAUUUCCCUCCCAUUUCCCACCCUCCCCUUUCAACCCGAACAUCCCAGCUGGAACUGAGCAAGUCUCUUGUGAUGACGUUGGAGGCCCUGCCCUGGGACCUGUGAAUCGGCCGCUCGGUCCCAGCGUGGUGCUUCCAUUGGAUGUCCAUGACUGGAUGUUACCCGGUGCGCGGGCGGGACAGUCUCACUCAGUGUCCCUCGGACUGGGCUGAUCUCGGGAGGGAAUCUCUGGGGGUGAAGCAGCAGAGUGAACUGGGACUGGAACCGUCACUGCACCCUGUUCGGUAGCUGGCGAUGGAAGGAGUGAGUCGACUGGGCCAAUAAAUGAUCAGCAAUCUCUGUCGUGUGUUAUAGUUUGAUAAGUAGCAAUGUCCCAAAUGAUGAAUGACAGCGAUCCACAGGGCUGGUUACACGGGAUCAGCAGGAUUAAUGUGUUACUGAACGUUCUGCAGGAAUUCUGUCCCAUACACUAUUCAUCAUCAUGAUGUGGCGUAUGAUGUGGGCGAUCGUGGUCUUUCAUCUGUCUUUAAUCUCUUGUUCUUAUUCUUCUCCCCAUCUCUGACCCUGAAUCUUCUUGGCAAGAUUUUUCUUCAGGGGUGGUUUGCCCUCCUUCGGGGCAGUGUCUUUACAAGAUGGGUGACCCCAGGCGUUAUCGAUACUCUUCAGAGAUUGUCUGCCUGGGGUCAGUGGUUGCAUAAUCAGGACUUGUGAGAUGUUCUGGCUGCUCAUACGGCUUCACGUGACCCUAAUCGGGGGCUGAGCAGGUGCUACACCUUACCCAAGGGUGACCAGCAGGCGAGCAGAGGGAGGGAGUACCUUACACCUCCUUUGGUAGAGAUGAAUCUCCAACCCCCUCCCAAAACACAAUUAGACCAGGCUUUUAUUUUACAGUUUAAUAUGCAGAGACUAUCGUGUGAUGUUACUGAACUCAAUAAAUAGUUGUUAUUUUUGAA